GGCACUUUCGUGAAAUUCAAAUAAAGAUGAAACCCUAGCCCCUCUUUCUCUUCUCGUCCCUAUUUUCCCUCCCUUCCCCUCUCUCUCUCUCUCUCUCGUUUCGUUCUGCGCAUUUCGAGGAAUUUUUCCUGAAGUCUCUCGAUUCCGAGGUUCUGUUGUUGGGUUGGUUUUAAUUAUUGAUGUUGAGGGUUUAUUGGAGUACUAGAAAAAGACGAUUUUGGUUGCUGUAAAUUGGGGACGUUAAGGAAGGGAUGGGGAAGGUUUUUACGAGUGAUAGGGAGCCGAAGAAAUUGAAGCGGAGAAGACGGUCGAAGGGGUCUGGUGGGAAGUAUUUGAAGCCGGGUGCUUUGGCGCAGCUGCGGUGCAGCAAGGGCUCGGUCGCUAAAUCUUGUACUGAUCUUGGAAGGAAAAGGGUGGCUGUGUUGGAUGCUGGGAAAACUAAGAGGAAUGUGGUGCUUGAGGAUAAGGUUUCUGAUAGAAGUCCUUUGAUGUUGUCACCCGUGAAAUUGGUGAUGCAUAUAAGCCAUAUUAGUACUCCAAGAACUCCUCGGGUUGAAGACUGUGAAUCAGAGUCACGGCUGGAAUCUCUACCUAUGGAUCUAUUGGUGAAAAUACUUUGCCAUUUACACCACGACCAACUGAGGGCUGUAUUCCAUGUCUCUCAACGGAUCAGAAAGGCUGUUUUGCUGGCUAGGCAAUUCCACUUCAAUUACACAACUCCAGAUCGGUCCAGGCAGGAGAUGUUGAGAACAACCACCCCUCGACCUACUGAACACUGGCCCUUUGUUAAUAAGGGAGAGGGCAAAGGGUUGUUAUUGCCAAGCCCUCACACUCCAAAAGCACCAAGACAUGGUCCUCGUCCCCCAUCUCGUCUCAAAGUUUCAGAGAUGAGGCAGGUUGCUGCUGUUCUCUUUCAAGAAUCAGCUUUUCCUCCAAGAUGCAUGGUUCCAUCUGUUCUAUCAAAACCUCUCUGCAAAUCCUUGGCCUCAAACCGGGUGUUGUUUUACGAGGAUGAGUUGUGCCAAGCAGUUGCUCAAAAUAAACUUCGUUGAUUGUAGUGGCUGGCAAUUUCUCGUUGUCUCUUGUUUGUGUAUAUAGGGGAUUUUUACCUUUUUGCCUGUAGCUGGUCCAGCCAAUAUAGGAAUUCUACAAAUUUUGUAGCCUGCGUUGAUGCAGAUUUAGGUAUCAUGGAAUGGAACUUCUUGUUCUGUUGGAGUGGGGGUUGAAAGUAUUCAGACUGUAGCUGUGGGAAUAAUCUAUUUCGAACUUGUUACUUGUAUAGUUCUAUAUAUAUAUAUAUAUUCUAAAGAGUGGUUUUAUGCUA